AUGCCAUUGUCCGCUGCACUCAUGGAUGGCAGUUGCGAUAGCCAAUGGUUCAAGCGUCUCCUCGUGUUUUGCCUACUCUGCUUUCAUAUAUUUGCACAUCUGUUAGCGGUGCAUGCGGCUGUGAGACCACCAAUUGAACGUGAUGCAUACACCAUUUACUAUAAAAACCAGGUGGCCAAUGCCAAGGGUGAUUUCCAUUAUGAGUACCAAACGUCUAAUGGCAUAACCACGAAAGUAGCGGGCAAUGAAUUUGGGCAUAGUGGCGUGGUGCAGUACAUUUCGGUGGAAGGCAUACCAAUAACAAUGACAUAUGUCGCAGAUGCCAAUGGCUAUCAUCCAACAGGAGAGCAUAUACCGAAAUUGCCCGAACAGGUGUUGGCCACAUUGCAAUACCAAAUUGAACGCCGCCCGCAAACUGUGCGUCGAGAGAACAAAGAAAAAACAAAGACAAUUAUUAAAAGGGAAAAUAGUAAAAGUGUAAUUGGUGUAGAUAGAAAUAAAAAUUAG